AUGGAUCGCUUUUCGGCGUUUUUUCUAUUAUUGAUGUUUGUUUUAGCAAUGUCUCUGUUCCCGAUGGUCUUAACAAAACGACAGUGUCCGAAAGCUUGCAGAACAUAUAUAUCCAGUGAAGUUGAAGUGAAAGUCAGCAAAGCAUUGCGGGUAAAUAGUGAAUCUCUUUUUCUGCUCCUAACUUUUAUUCGUUAAUUUUAUAACGUUUAUGAUUUUUCUUUUAAUUAGAGCGCGUUCAUUGUUUUUGUUGAUCGGCGGAUGAUAAAUGUUUAAGAGUUAAUGCGUUACUAUGUGUACUGUUAAGUUCAUUACACAAUUAUAAAGUCUUUAUGUAGGUAGUUUCAUGAGGUAUGUACGUUGAAAAAUUAUUCUUGUUACCGAAAGAUGCCCUUACAAGGAUAAGUGACUUCUUUCGUCAUUUUAGUUCAUAAACAACUUUCCCCAAGGAUUUCUGCCUGACUGCUUACUUCUUGCUUGCUUUGUGUAAGAAAUUCACUCGCAUUGUACUCUUUCUUUCUCUCUCGGCACUCGCCUUUCAGAUUUGUUAGACAAAAUCAUUAACUCCUCUAGCGAAAAUUCGCACAUUUUCAAGUAGGAGGUUAUUGCAUGUCUGUUUAUUCAACGUAUUUAUUUAAGUCGUGGGUUUUUGAUGGGUCUUGCUCGAUCGCAUGCAAAUUGCAGGUUAGGAAAUCACAGAAUUAAACAUUGUUAAGAGAAACCAUUGUCACUAAGCACUGAUAAGAAAUGUCAGCUAGAUCUGAUGAAAAUUUCCAAGAGAAAGAGAGAGAGAGUAAGAACGCUUGUCUACAAGACAUGUCCUACUUCCCUCUAUAACCAAAACAUUGAAGACCCAAUCACAGAGGAGAGAGAGUAAACUCUCGCCAUUUUCGUUAGAUUGCAAAAACAGACCAGUUGCAUGCCAUCCCAGAGAAUAAUAGUGGUUUUCUAGAAAUUCUAGUCGUGUCCUUAUUCAAAACUGCUAACCGCAGAGAAAUCGUAGUCACUGCGUUGAAACACAAGAGGGGAAUGAGUAUGUUUAUUACACAAACGACAUCUGUGAGACGCAUUUGCGAAAGAUUUGCGGGUAUCUUUUUAAUCGCUCGAUCUUAAAUUUUACCAAGCAAUAACUAAAAGUCAUACCCCCUGUGACAGCAGUUGUGCCCGGAGGCUGUUGCUUUUGUUCACAUCUUAUUUUGCUUCCCUUUACAGUUUCCAUCUUAUUAACUAUAUUCCGCCUCCCUUACGCUCGCGGUGUCCUCGUGACGUUAAUAUUAUCAAAACAAGAAUAAAAGAACAAAGACAUAAAUUUUCUUGGCGGAAGACCUGUCAAAAUUUCCGUUUCAACUGCAGACAUGCUUUAGUGAGCAAGCUAAAGGAACGGUGCUAAAGCACUAAAUUUAUUUCCUCAAACGUUAAUCAGGGCAAUUUUGGCUAUGGCUAUUCCUUGAUAGGCCCGCGGAACUCAUAUGGUCGUUAUAUUGCGGGCAAUGCUUUAAAUAGCAAAUGCAGAAAAGUUGUAAACAAGUCGGCAAUAUAUUUAUCAGAACAGAUUUGAGUAUUUGACAUUAUUAAUUAGCUCUUUAAGCAUUGUUGAUAGUGCUCACAAAACUUUAUCUUCAGUCGGGGUGUGGCCAUUCCACGCCUGUUCAUUCAUAUGCAAGAGUCAGUUUAAACAACUUGAAUAAAUUUCCUUUUAUGGCUGAGCCUUGAAAAGUAUACAAAUCGUUCGUGACCUAGCCUAAUUUCUAAGGUGAAACCUAACUUGAAGUUCCGAGAAAACACCGAGAAACCGUAACAGUUCAAUUAAAUGUGUCGCUUUUAUCUCGCUUUACGUGGAAAAACUUACGUAUUACAGCCAACAUCUGCGUUGAUUCUAUUUACACAGAAAAACCUCGUCAAGUGACAAGAAUAACAAAAAGCUAGGAUGGAAGGGCCAGGGUGACUGGAUACACUUUUAAGUUUUUUUUACGCAAGAGCAUGGUAGAACCGGGUAGCAGUGCAGUGGUAAAAUUCUCAGAUUAACUUGGAUUUUUCUAACUUUUGUUUCAAACCAAGACAAUAUGUCGAAAGUGGUAAUAUUAAGACGAAGUCCCACUUGCUCUCUUGACUUAAAACUUACCAUUUGACCAUUUCUUUAGAGUGCUUGCAAACUGGUCACGGUAGAGUUUAGGUUGAGUCUCUGAACAUGAACAUCUAUAAAUUUGAAAUUGUUGAGCUACCGUGAGAUGAAAUGCAUUUGGGAUGCAUGAAAUGAAUCGUGAGCGAGAACGACAUCGAGCAAAAUGAAAUGUAAAAACAGGAAAAUGAGAUUUGUAUUCGCCUUGUUUUUAAGCCUAAAGGCAAUCUUAAGAGCAUGAUUAUAACAAAUGACCCCAUUGUCUGUUCUUCAAUUUCUAUUUCAGAGCAAUAGUAAAGGAAUCCGUGGACCAAGAGGCAAGAGGGUGAGGUUUUAAUUAAAGCAUAUUAUGCCGAAUUUUCGUUGGUUACUUUAUAUUCACAGCAACCCUAGUAACUCCCACUUCUGAAUUCGAAAAGUACUGGUGGCUUCCAAUACAUACAUUAAUGUUGGCCUGCGGCGUGCUAACCGCGUUAAUGCCAAGGUUAAGCACUGUUAAUGUAGCCAUGGCAUCCUGAAUGACAAUUUCAUGCAAGCGUUAUUUUCUAUAAGUUCUGUUAAUUUGUUUCAAGGUUGAUAGAACCUCGGUUCAAGCAUGAUAAGAAAAGGUCAUGUAAAACGUGAAAUAUCGAGCGCUGCAAGCCUCUUAGACAAACUCAAUAAAACAUGAAAAACUUACUGACUUCAUAACUUUUUGCAAAGUUUAGUCUUUUAAUAGUUUAUCAAGACACAUAACGCUCUAACAAUCUGCUACGGGUAAAUGUCUUGACAAAAACAUAAGAACUUCACUAAGAGAUGCCGAUAAAAUUUUAAAAAAUCAAACUUCAUUGACUUUUAAUAAUUGUUUUUUGCUUUCAUUGUCAGGGAAUACCGGGACCAAUUGGCCCUCAGGUAACCGAAUAAUCAUCAUUCAUUGCUCAACACUAACCUACUUGCAAACAUUAAGAAGAAACACUCUAACUAUUGCAAAAGCUAUAACUAAAGGCUUGAGAGUAAUGCUAGCGAAUUUAAAAGAAAAGCUCCCAAGUACAGACUUCUGUUUCAUGUCUUGUAUUUAAAUAUGUUGUACUGGUGUACAUGGCGACCCUAAAGCCAAGAGUUCAAUGAUGUUUCCGUUCAUCUUAUCGACUGUUGAACAAGAAUCACGAUUUUAGUAUACUUUUCAGACUAUUCUCGUUUCCAAUAUAUUCUCGUUUGAUAUCUGUGGCAGAUAAGAGUCGUAUGUCAUAGGUAGGCAGGUAGACAGUGUGAUAAUGACUAUUUAUCAACUCUUUUCUUUAUAGGGUUUAUCAGGUCCACCUGGGGAGCAGGGUCCGGUUGGUCCCCCAGGACCAAGAGUAAGUAUAUCUUCUUGAAUGAAAAUGUCUCUGUUUGUUUGUUUUUAUUUUUUAACUAUGGCAACACCAGUUGGAGCGGGAGAGGUUAUUUUUAAGGGUUUGUGAAACUCAUCUUUCAAUUCCUCAAUUAGUCCUUAGAGCCAAAAAAAAUUGCACUCAGAAAUGGUACUUAAAUUAAGGUUUGAGCAUAAUCCAUUGUUAUUAAGAUUUGCCGUUUCUUCAUUUUGCAAUGGGUAGCUUAUGUCUAAGAGUUUGUGCACGAUAUUGAUUGACAGUCUGUUCUGAUUUUCGUCCUAGGGUGAACCCGGCCCAGCCUUAUCCCUUCCUAAAUGUGAGCCAGGAGAAUACCUCACUUCUGACGGAAAGAAAUUAAUAUGUGUUAAAUUUGGUAAGUUAUAUAUAAUCUUUUUUCGUACUUCAAUCCUGCUAUAGUAAUGGUGACAUAGGUUGUUAUAUUGUCUAUAGUAGUUCUUUAAUUGCUUUGAAUCAAAAAUACAGUGAAUCGGUUUUAUUACACGUAACCCGACUUGACGUAAAUAAGCCCUAAUUACUGUACCCCAAGAUUUCCGUGCCACUUCAGUGGAGUCAGUACUAUAUAAGCCUAAUUUUGUAUCGACUCAGUGACGUUAAGUGAACAAUUUCGCAUAAAAAAUUUCAAUUUAUUUCUGUUUGUUCGGACGUGUUAAUUUUAACAUGCACUGUUUUUACAUCAGGAGGGUCAACGUACGGGCUCCUGUUCAGACUUAACAACAUUCAAGUAUCAUGUUUUAAUACGCUCUAAGGGCCCGCUUGGCCCAUUCCUUCUUUCCUUUACAAGCACAAUGUACAAGAUACAUAAUAGGUUUAAUGUGCAUGUGUACAAAAUAAAAAAGUUAUCAAUGAGGACAAAUUACAUGGUGCGCCAUAGUAAUUCUCGAGUGGAAGAAUGCUUUUCAGUUGGCCAUUCUGGGUUAUUUUAGAUACUUCAAGUAACCCACACACUGAUUCAGUGGGCAUUGGUGAUUGACGACUUUUUUGUUUUACAACUAGAAAAUUCUGAUUAAUUCCGGCCUAUCAAUUAGCCUGCGUUUAAUGCUUAACUAUAAUCUUAAUUAGUAUCUUUCCUCCCCCAUUAGCCCUAUUUCAAAGUGAGUGAUCAAACAUUAAAAGAGAUCGGAACUUACGUAGUUCUUUGAAGAUUCUUAACUGCAUUUCUAAUAUCUCUUGUUAGCAAAUGAUAAAACCAGUAAACUUGAGGAAAACUAAAAAAAAUAUGUCCCUUUUAAAAUUAUCCUUAUUUCCAGGCAAAGAAGUCUGCAGUGCUGUAUCAACAUGCGAAGGUACUUUCAUGUAGAUCAUUACAGUGCAUAUCUUUGAACAGCAAACAAUAUUAAGUGUAUUUUUUGUUCCCGAUGAUCAUAACGUAACUAAGUCUUCAUUUACUUUUUACUAAUUGACACUAAUUAGGAUUUAUGAUAGUAACAUGAUGGGGCAAAUUGUGACGCAUUUUAUACGUUACUUCGUAGGUCGUCCAGCGCCGCCAACGCCCAAAUUAGUCACAAGUAAGAGGAAGUUUCUUGCGUAAUUACUAAAAAUACAAGUAUCUGACACGCAGAUACAUGCACUGACGUUAUAUUUGCGUAAGAUUACUGAAGUAAAAAUACGGUUAACUUCUGGGCUUUUGUUAAUGGUUAAAAAGCUUCAUAAAAGCUCAUCUACCCUAAAUAGCAACGUACGUACGAUAACCCAUUACACAUCUGAGGUCUUAAUUUUGAAAACAAUUGACAAGUCUCGAUUUUUAUGCUUUAUAUUAAAACUUAUUUCAACAAGAUUGAAAGAUAUGAGGAUUAAGAUCAUAAAUUCCCUUUUUAGAUAUUAACUAGCUAUACAGAAGUGUAGUCUUCGAGGAGCAACGCCAAAACGACAUCAUACAGUUAUAUCUUUCAUGUUCGAAACCAAGUUUUCAGUCCUUUAAGAGAUGGUAAUAGAAACGAAGGCAAUGCUCCUCCUUAUUUUUCCUGAUUUGCAGUGAGUUUGUUUCUAGACUUUCAUAGUUUUUCCAGAAAACAAUUAUCGCUUUGUAAACACUGUAAAUUCUUGGCUUUGUGGUCGAAUGAGUUUUCUUGCUGAAGUUUCUAGGAGCAUACAAUCGACGAUAAUUGUCAACACUUCACUGAGUCAAUUAAAAAAAUUAAGAUUGCGGUCAGAUAAUGAAGGCUUUUUAACCUUUCUUCCAGGACAAAUUUUGUUUUCUUACCAGCCCAAGAAUAUUCUAGCUCACUUUUUUUCCAAGAUAGAAAACCAGAACUUACUUAGUCUUGCUUUAACCACCCACGCCUUAACUGUGAACGGCGCAAACAUAAAAAUAAUGUUUGUACAUACAAAUAAAGACAUGUUUUUUUGCGUUCAAGUUUCUUGAUUUUCAAACAAAGUUAAUGCUUCUCACAAUCACCUAACUGAUUUUUUUUUUUUUAACUGGGUGGACAAUAGCGACCUUUGUCUGUUUAUGUAUAUGUAUUAUGAAACAAUGACUGACGCCUUUGUUUUGCCCUUUGCAGCAACAACAUCCACCACGCCUCCAGUGAAAGGUAAAUGCCUGGGACCGAUGUAUUUUAAGAUACAAUCAUCUAAACGAGCAUUUUGAGCCCCAGGCAUCCUUGUAGCCAAACGGUUAGAACAAGUACCACCCUGACCGCUAGCUGGAGUUGUUCUCGGUAGUCCCAAGCUCAAAUCCUUGGUCACGCUUGUGAAUAGCCAACUGGUUCCGAUCGUCUUCUACCACUUGGGGCUCUUAACCUCGUUAUUUUCCGUUUACAGUCAAACCUCUUUAAUACGGACACCAAAGGGACAGAACCACGUGUCCGCUUUACAGAGGUGUCCGUAUUAUAGAGGUAGAAAAUCUAUGAUUUUUGGCAUUUCUGGGACCAAACGAACUGUCCGUAAUAUAGAGGUGUCCAUAUCAUAGAGGUUUCCGUAAGGAGAGGUUAGACUGUAAAUCUUUUUGUUCCUUUAUCGAUAAAGAGCCUCAUAGGGCCGGGAAAGGAUAAUCAAGUAUUUAUUAAAUAUUACUAUUAUCAUCUCAUUUCUCAAUACUCAUACAAAUAUAAUUGAUGGUUGCCAUAACAACAGACAAUAUAUUAAAUAGUUUGAUGAAAGUGCGAUAUUUUUAAAAAGAUUUCAAAGUUUCUUGUGGAAGUACAACAUGAUAGCCACACCCACGCAAUGGCUUUGGUUGAUUUUAUAAAUAUAGAGGGAAACAGAGAGAGAUCGACACCACCAGCUUCAUUCAAAUUCGUAUUUCAGUAUCACCGAUUACCUAUUUUCUGUUUCAAAUAGAAUACGUGAACAUGACACAGUUCAUGAAGAAAUACAUGAUUCAAACACUGUACAUGGACGCGUGGGACCUGGGUACGUUUUACAUUGGAGACCAGCUUUUCCUUGGAGUGUCGCAGUUGGGAGGAAAGAGCUUUGUUAUCUACAAAUGGGACAGCGGGAACAGGUAUACAAAGGAUUUAAAACAUUUUCUUUGCUUCAAGUGCUGACCUUCGCACAGUAAUUUAAGCCGAAAUCUCGAGAGCUGAAAGGAUCACUACCUAAGUCUAGCCUGCUUAACGGGCCUUAUUUUUUCGCGUUUUUCAGGCGAGCGAAGUUAAGCGCGAAACGAGCGAAGAGCGCCAGACAGACACGCCUAUCUCGCGCUUGUCUGGCGCUACUCGAUCGCUUCGCGCUUACCUUCGCUCGUCUGAAAAACGCAAAAAAAAAUUACACCUGUUAUGCAGGCUAGCCCAAGUCUUUUUUUCUUUUAAACUUAUGUUAGUCGUUAAGUUAAACUAUACUGAGGGCAUUUUCGGUCCAGCUAUAAAUCCUUCACGAAAUCUUCUCAUCUUUACAAUUUUUAGUGGCUUUAUUAAUCUCGGCUUGAACCAUGCUUAAGGAGGACACUUAGCAGUUUUGACAAUGGCAACUUGAUUCGAUCUUCGUUGUAACAGUCGAAUUACUUACGGAAUAAACUUGACCUUAAACGUUCAAACUUAAUAAUUACCUCAGUGUUUAGGCUGUGUCAAUUUCAUGUGCCACAUUUUGUGUUCUUUACUGUUUGUAUUACACUCAACAUAUACAUAAAGUGAAAAGAAAUGUCCUUUCUUAUAUUCAGCGACAAAUCGUCGGAUCAGGACCCCAGUUACAGCCCGUGAGUGUUCAUCCAUACUUUUAAUAAAGCACCUAAUUCCACGUAAUAAUGCACCCAAACACAUGCACCAUCCCAGAACUAACCGCUCUCGUCACACAUGGGGAUCAUCGUUCUUCAUCUUUGUUGCACUGGUGAUGGUCUUGCAUUAUAAGCAGUAAUGUUGCAUGUUCUUAAAGUAAUCUAUGUUCUGCUGCUCUGUUUUUAUGUUAAAUCUCGUUUACCCCGCGCCAUAAGAGAAGCUGCGUGCUGAGCCUUGACUUUGCUGUCUAGGAGUUUUUAAUGUGCUCUCGUUUUUGUUAUGUUUGGGACGGUAGUUAUUCCGCUUACCUUAAAAGUAAAUGAACAAGGGAUAUAGUGCUGCUAUCGAUUAAAGGUGAACAAUUUCGAGUUGGCUGUUCUUUAGGCAGCGACUCUUUCGCACUUCCUUAUCUCUAAUCUCUGCCGGUGUAAGAUCUACACUAUGCUCCUAGUUUCNUGUCUGGCGCUACUCGAUCGCUUCGCGCUUACCUUCGCUCGUCUGAAAAACGCAAAAAAAAAUUACACCUGUUAUGCAGGCUAGCCCAAGUCUUUUUUUCUUUUAAACUUAUGUUAGUCGUUAAGUUAAACUAUACUGAGGGCAUUUUCGGUCCAGCUAUAAAUCCUUCACGAAAUCUUCUCAUCUUUACAAUUUUUAGUGGCUUUAUUAAUCUCGGCUUGAACCAUGCUUAAGGAGGACACUUAGCAGUUUUGACAAUGGCAACUUGAUUCGAUCUUCGUUGUAACAGUCGAAUUACUUACGGAAUAAACUUGACCUUAAACGUUCAAACUUAAUAAUUACCUCAGUGUUUAGGCUGUGUCAAUUUCAUGUGCCACAUUUUGUGUUCUUUACUGUUUGUAUUACACUCAACAUAUACAUAAAGUGAAAAGAAAUGUCCUUUCUUAUAUUCAGCGACAAAUCGUCGGACCAGGACCCCAGUUACAGCCCGUGAGUGUUCAUCCAUACUUUUAAUAAAGCACCUAAUUCCACGUAAUAAUGCACCCAGGCACAUGCACCAUCCCAGAACUAACCGCUCUAGUCACACAUGGGGAUCAUUGUUCUUCAUCUUUGUUGCACUGGUGAUGGUCUUGCAUUGUAAGCAGUAAUGUUGCAUGUUCUUAAAGUAAUCUAUGUUCUGCUGCUUUAAACUUGUCUCUUCGUGUUUAUCUUAAAUCUCGUUUCCCCGCGCCGUAAAGAAGCUGCGUGCUGAGCCUUCACUUUGUUGUCUAGGAGUUUUAAAUGUGCUCUCGUUUUUGUUAUGUUUGUGACGGAAGUUAUUCCGCUUACCUUAAAAGUGAAUGAACAAGGGAUAUAGUGCUGCUAUCGAUUAAAGGUGAACAAUUUCAAGUUGGCUGUUCUUUAGGCAGCGACUCUUUCGCAUUUCCUUAUAUUAUCUCUAAUCUCUGCCGGUGUAAGAUCUACACUAUGCUCCUAGUUUCUGAUCUAUAAAUCAUAAAUAAAAUGGUUUUAUCGAGCGGUGAUAGAGUGAAAGAUGUAAUGUUUUGUUCAUUAACUAAAUUGACAAGGAAUAUUGGCCGCCGUUCGUGAUAAAGUCGAAUCCCUCUGGCGUGAUUCGCCGAAGCUACUCCUGGCUAUGCUCGUCGGGUCUUCAAUCCCUAAUUGGUGAUUAUUUUGAUAGACUAAACACACAGAUCAGUCAGACCUCCGGUUUUAAGGCAACAGUCGGUAGUGUUAUAAAAAUGAGUAAGGGAUGAAACUAGCAGGAAUUAACUGAUAAGAACUUUAAGAUGUUACAGACGCGCACCACCCAGUUCCAUCCUCAGUGAUAACAGCAAUGCAGGCUCUACUUACGUUUUGCUAAGUAAGUGAAUUUUCGAAAGGCCAGGCGAAACGAAAAGUAGCGAAGUAAACGUCAGUACGGUGGAUCCCUAAAAUUUUUUGUUUUCUAAUUACCGUAUCCUGGCCGAAUGUUACGUUGUCAGAUGAUUAUAUUUACUUUUACAGUAGCUACAAGACAUCCUCUUGCCGUACUGUAUUUCAGCUUAUGUACUACUUUCGUUUUAUGAUGUCCUUCAGUGACUACUCAUGUACGUGUUGAGGACACCAGCGCUUGAGAUCCUUUUGUUUGUUCGGAGUAAUAUUUUUAUACCUUUUUGUAAUACUUGUGGUAAGAGUUUUACUAAUUUACAUUGUGUGUAACAAUCUCAUUCCCAUAAUUCUGAAUCAGAUGUAUUUAAGAUGCCUAAGAUUAAAUUGAACAAUAAUCAUUUAAACUUUUUUAAGCGUCGAUGUAGAGCUGAAUGUAGUCUAAAAUUUCUUUCUAAAUUCUUCAUGAUAGCCGAGUCUAAGAGUAAAAGUGGUAAAUAAGCCCAUGAAGCAUGUAUUUGUGGAUAAAUAAACUUUUUUAAAAUAAAAAUCAGUCAAAGGUAACUGAUCUGGUUACAAUCAAACAAGGCCUUGAAUAACACAGGAUCCCCAGGCUAAGUUUGGAAUAAACUCUAGGAGCUCGUUAAAAAAUUUGAAAAAAGACGGUAAAUUAUGAAGAGCUUAUGGAACGACUGAUCAAUUCCACAGCAUGGAAAAAAUGCUGGUAUACAUGGAGCAAGUUUUCUCUUUUGGUGAAAGAGGUAGCUAUUUUGUACGCUAGUCGAUCUCUCUCGUAAUAACUCCUAUUCUGCGAACUUCCUUGAAAAACGAAUAUCUUUAUCACUGAAUAAGUUGUUACUCUUCAGGCUGAAACUUCGUUAAGGUGGAUCCCUUUUGAAUGUAUGCUGCUCCUUACCAGGUUAAAUCGUUAUUCUUCACAACUUUGCAAUAAAUGUGCUCUCCUCUAAUUAAUCUGAAGAGCUUAUUGAAUGUAUUUCUGCCGCAAAUGUUGUCUUAAUUUUGGAUGUUUUUCUUCUACUUGCAUGCUGGAGCUAGUGUUUUUCGCUCCUAAUUCCCCAUGUUGAGCUCUUAGCUUUGGGCAGCAUGUUUAUCUUUCAGCCGUAGACUGAAUCAACAUGUGAAUUCUCCUAAAUAUAAAGACGUAAGAAUUACCUCUACUUUAUUCUCGUGCUCUCUUACAUUAUUUUAAGGAGAAAUUGAAUGUUGAUCCUUAACACUAGGGCUGAAAGAUUUAAUCUUAAGCACGAUAUCUUAGCAUUAGAUGAGAACACAGCACGUAGGAUAUACGAAGAUAUUUUAAGGAUAUUUAUAGAUAGUUUGGGGGGAAAAAAACCCAGAUAAUCCGCAUAUUACUAUAUAACCGUUGUUGACGUUGAGUGCGCAAAUGUGGUGCUGGAAAACAAGUUAAUGAUGUUAAUUUUGGUUCUUCUUAUAAGAGUCAAGUGCUUAUCAGAAAAACGUAAAAAAAAAGUUACGAGACAAAACCGUUUUUAUUCUAUUCAUCACUGUGCUUUAAUUUCGGGCAUUUGAUAGCUCUUUAGUAUCUUGUAUCAGGCUCGCGAUGUAUUUUUCACUUUAUUAAAGAAUUUCAGUCAAUUCUGAAAUUUAGAACUGUUUGGCCUCUUUCUCGGCCGACUACAGUGUUCUGAGUUGAGGCCUGAUGUCAUUAGUAAACGAACCUCCGAUGAUCAGGGCCAUAAAUAUUAGCGGCUUUGUAAAAUCGUUUUUUUUUUUCUCUAUUUUUUCUCUUUCCAGAUUCCGUAGUUUUCAAGUACUCAAAGUACCAUUUGCAAGAAAAUGGCGGCAGUUCACCAUCGGAAAAGACGUAUAUUUUGCCGUGGCGAGCAACUCUCGUUCGCACGACUCACCCGUAUUCAAAUGGAACGGAAACUUAUUUACUCCAUUUCAAACGCUGUCCACAGUGAAGGCGUUCGAUGUUGAGCCAUUUAAAAUUGGCCAAGACACGUAUCUUGCUGUGGCUAUUUACUAUGGGCGUGGUUCACACAUCUUUAAGUGGGAUGGAGAGAGGUUUGUGAAACUCCAGGACAUCGCGGCCGUUGGAGCGGAUGUAGAACAUUUCAAAAUUAAUGGAUCAACGUAUUUGGCAUUAACAGGUACGCUGUCUGACAUUUUUUAGCAAUUAUUGGAGGUUAGGAAUGAAAUGUGUCUUUACUAACGUCACUCCUCCAUUCAAUGUCGAAUUUAAUUUAAUUGAUCUCAAAGAUAAUUUUUAGACUCCUGUUUUCUUUUAACUUUUUAAUUACAAACUCAUAUUCUUCCAGAAGCACUCAUAUCUCAUCAAAUUCAAAUCAAGAGUUUAUGCGAUCUGGGCAAAAGAAAAAUUACAUGAUCGAUGAAAAUAAAGGAUACACACUGUGACAAUUAUAAAACGAAUCAAUUCAGAAUUGGAAAAGACCACUCCAAGGCUCUGACCCUGUUGAAGAAGAGUUCUACUACAGCUUUGCCGUCUUUCAUGGUCUUUGAUUUUCGCUGUUUUAGCCAUGCGUAUUAUGUCUUUGUUCUGCACUAAGACCUAGGCUUGUAGUGGCUUCCAUUUAUUUUAUCUUUGCUUUCUUCCAGGUCCCUUCUCCCGCGGCGAGUAUACAUACAUCUACAAGUGGUCUGGUACGAGAUUUGAACUAUUUUACAGGUUACCCACGGAAGAGCCUGCGUAUGGCGUUAAAGCUCUAUCAGUUGAUGGAAGUUCAUUCUUGGCUGUAGCUCGCUGGAAGGCAGAUAGUUCACUUAUUUUCCGCUGGAAUGGAACGCAAUUUGAGCUCUUCCAGGAAGUGCCCUCGAGAAGGGUAAGCUGUCUGUUUAGGAUGUACUGCAUUAAAAAACUAGCACAUGCAGUUUUAAAGAGACAUACGAUUUAUUGAUUGACUCGAUAUUGUCUUGAAAUUGUCAUAUAUCUAACAGACCUAUUUUCCUUACGGUCAAAUGAACGAACUCCUAAGGGCUGGUGAAAAGUGAACCAGUGAUGGAUUCGUAGAAACGAAGUCGGACAAGCGUAAACUAAAGAACUUAAGCUCAGCAUUCGGAUGGACGCAGAUGGAUCAGAAGAUUUCCGGUUUUUUCCUCUAGUUAUAGAACUGCUAAUUUCACUUGCCCUCUGUCUCCUUCCCAAACCGCUAUAAUGACAGGGUACACUUAGAAUUCCCCUUUGCAAAAUUGCAAUGCAAAAAGAGCAAAACAUGCGGAUGAGUUUUAAAGCAUACAACAUUAUAUGUGAAAUCACACUUCAUCGCUUUCUCCUAAAAUAACCUUUAAGUAUAAUAAGUAAAUUCUUAACUCCCAAUUGGCGUCAAGUUGGUGUCCUUAGCCAAUAGUCCAUUUCCGAGUUCCAGACUCCUCACUUUCAAAACGAGUUUAAGGGUAAAACCUUUCUUGUGUAAAUGAGUUUUAUUUGCAUGAAAAUAAAAAAAUCAUUUUCAUAUGCCUUUUCGCACUUACACUCGCUUUGAGACAGAGCCUUUGUGUAACUUAGUUGCUAGACAACUUAUUUCUUAAGUAUUUUUCCUUUUUGUUCACAGUUUUCGUCUUAUCUUUAGCCUGCCAUGCUCAUGACACAAUAUUGUAAUCACGUGAUUCUCUUUUACAGGCACGUGAUUGGAUUACUAUUACCUCUCCGUUCAUGUCACGUGAGAAAACCUACCUAGCAAUCGUCAGCAGCGACCGCAAUCCGAGUAUAUAUGCUUGGGACAGAUAUCACUCGAAAAAGUUCGCCAAGGUACAAGAUAUCCCAUCGGAAAGAACGAGAGAUAUGGUAUUUUUCAACAUGGGGGAGACUGUUUAUUUGGCUGUAGCGUCGCAUCGUAGUACGGACAUUUACCAGGGUUCAUAGUAUUGAAUAAGAGAGUUACAUCUUUCACAUUGGGACUGUGAAGAAACUCUAGACUUCGGAAUCUUCUCCAAGUCAGACACCCGCUGUUCGCGAUUGAACCAAAGUGAGAGAAUUCAAUUAUCAGAAGUUGUAUCUAUUGUUGUGGCAUCUGAUUGAUGGGAGAUUUCCGUGAAUCCUGUCAAGUCAUUGCCUGGUUAGAUUUCAUUAUAGUUUCACUGAAGAAAUCUGAUUGGCUAAAUUGCAAACUAAGGAGACAUUUUACUUAAGUAUUUUAUAUGAACAGUACUCCGAUUUCACGUUUAGUACUUAAGAAUUAAUUAUGUUGGAUGAGGAAUACAAUUACUUAUUACAUAAAUUAUUAUAUAUCAACAUGUACCGAAAUCCCAAUAUAACGAUUCCCUUUCCCAGGAAGAGUACUCCACAUUUCAGGUGACGGAGAUUUUCGAGGGA